AUUUUUUUGUUUAAAUUUUUCAAAAUUUCACUUUUUGUCGCAUUUCUGGCACGCUCCGCUACUCGCGGAACCGUGCCCAUCCAGCCAUCUGUCUGGUCAUGCCAUAGUACACACAGCUAUGCUAAAAAUGUCAUUGAUCAAAAGCAAAAGCCGCAGCAGAAGGCUUUGGACCGCGGUCCAUUUGCCUCUCAAUUGGAUUAUAAAGCGAGGCUGCAGAUCCAUGCACCAAGAUUGGAGUUUCCACUAAGCGGUAUAGUUUGCACCAUCGGUCCGGCGUCUAACAACCCGGAAACAUUACUCAAGCUUAUUUCAGCGGGCAUGCGUGUGGUCCGCUUGAAUUUCUCACACGGCUCGCACGAUUUCCAUUGCCAAACUAUUCUUGCUGCUCGCAAGGCCGUUGAAUGCUAUGCUAAGCAGACGGGCGUACUUAAGUCAGUGGCAAUUGCAUUGGACACUAAAGGACCAGAGAUACGAACAGGCCAAAUUUCUGGAGGCGAUGCGGCCGAAAUACAGCUUAGCCGUGGGGAUCAACUCAGGCUAACAACAAAAAGAGAAUACGAGACCAAGUGCAGCAAAGAAAUAUUGUAUGUCGACUAUGACAAAUUACCAAAACUAGUCGCGCCUGAAAGUCGCGUAUACAUUGAUGACGGUCUUAUAUCGUUAUUGGUUAAGGACAUUAAGGAUAGUGAGAUCUUGUGUGAGGUCCAAAAUCCUGGUAAGCUCGGAAGUCGCAAAGGUGUCAAUCUUCCUGGCGUAAAAAUUGAUUUGCCAGCUAUAACUGAAAAGGACAAGUUAGAUCUGAAAUUUGGUGCAGAACAAAAUGUUGAUAUGGUGUUCGCAUCAUUUGUUCGUGAUGCUGAUGCUAUUCAUGAAAUAAGGGAUGUUUUAGGUCCUAACGGCAAGCAUGUUAUGGUCAUAUCCAAAAUAGAAAAUCAGCAGGGCUUGGAUAACCUUGACGAGAUCAUCGAAGCUUCUGAUGGUGUAAUGGUAGCUCGUGGUGAUUUAGGUAUAGAAAUCCCAGCGGAAGAUGUUGUACUAGCGCAAAAAUCAAUUAUUGCUAAAUGCAACAUGCUGGGCAAGCCCGUAAUCUGUGCUACACAUAUGCUACAGUCUAUGACUAACAGGCCCCGGCCUACGCGUGCUGAAGCUUCGGAUGUUGCAAAUGCCGUAUUCGAUGGCGCUGACUGUGUUAUGUUAUCUGCCGAAACAGCCAAAGGUAAUUUUCCAGUGGAAAGUGUCCAAUGCAUGUCCAAUAUAUGUUCUAAGAUAGAGUCUGUGCUCUGGUAUGAUCGUAUUCAAAGCGAUGUGAAGAGUAUCGUUAAGACUUCAUCCACUGAUCAGCUGUCAGCGGUAACUUCAGGAAUAACUGAAGCUGCUUCGCUAAGCGAUGCCAAAGCUAUAGUCAUUGCGAGUCCUUGUUCACUAGUGCCGCAGAUGGUAAGUCAGUUUCGGCCAAGAUGCCCGGUUAUCAUGCUAACAGGCGAUCCGAGGCAAGCUAGACAAUCUGUUAUCUAUCGCGGCGUAUAUCCGCUGAUAGUUGAGGAAAUGGCUUGGGGCUGCACGGACUUUAGACGCAUACUUCAGUCAGGUGUUGAGCAAAUGGCACAAAUGAAAUUCGUGAAAUUUGGUGACCCCCUCAGAAUUGUUAUUGUUGAUGCCAUGCGGGCCAGAAAUAUUUCUUUCCGCAUUUUAUCUAUCCAUCGGAGAUCAGAGGAGGAAAAACUAAAGGAAAUAACUGAUGCACAAGUCCGAUAUAAGCAACAAGCUGAAGAAAAGAAAAAAAUGAUUGAAAAGAAUCGUACAAUGUCAGAUACCACCAAAACUCCAGAGCAGAUCGAAAAAUGUAAGAAAAUGGCCGAAAUGCGCAAGAGAAAAAAGGCAGCUAAGAAGUGCAAAGAAAUUCAAAUGAAAUCUGAAGGAAAAUCUGGAGGUUGCUCCCAAAAAGGAUCAGGAUCGGGCUCAGGAGGAAAAAAAUCUGAUAAAAAAGGUGGAAAAGGAAACAAGGCAGGAAGUGGCGGAGGGGGCAAGAAGGGCGAUUGUAAUGAUGGCAAGAAAAAGGAACAAGAAGCCAAGUGUAAGAAACUAGCUGAAGAAAAGAAAAAGAAGGAGCAAGAGGCUAAGUGCAAGAAGCAAGCUGAAGAAAAGAAAAAAAAGGAACAAGAGGCUAAGUGCAAAAAGGAAGCUGAAGAAAAGAAAAAGAAGGAACAAGAGGCCAAGUGCAAGAAACAAGCUGAAGAAAAGAAAAAGAAGGAACAAGAGGCCAAAUGCAAAAAGCUGGCUGAAGAAAAGAAAAAGAAGGAACAAGAGGCCAAGUGUAAGAAGCUAGCUGAAGAGAAGAAAAAGAAGGAACAGGAAGCUAAAGCCAAAAAGCAAGCUGAAGAAAAGAAAAAGAAGGAACAAGAGGCCAAGUGCAAGAAACAAGCUGAAGAAAAGAAAAAGAAGGAACAAGAGGCCAAGUGUAAGAAGCUAGCUGAAGAAAAGAAAAAGAAGGAACAAGAAGCCAAGUGCAAGAAGGAAGCUGAAGAAAAGAAAAAGAAGGAUCAAGAGGCCAAGUGCAAGAAAGAAGCUGAAGAAAAGAAAAAGAAGGAACAAGAGGCAAAGUGUAAGAAACUAGCUGAAGAAAAGAAAAAGAAGGAACAAGAGGCCAAGUGCAAGAAAGAAGCUGAAGAAAAGAAAAAGAAAGAACAAGAAGCUAAAGCCAAAAAGCAAGCUGAAGAAAAGAAAAAGAAGGAACAAGAGGCCAAAUGCAAGAAGCUAGCUGAAGAAAAGAAAAAGAAGGAAGAAGAGGCCAAGUGUAAGAAGCUAGCUGAAGAAAAGAAAAAGAAGGAACAAGCAGCUAAGGCCAAAAAGCAAGCUGAAGAAAAGAAAAAGAAGGAAGAAGAGGCAAUGUGCAAGAAGCUUGCUGAAGAAAAGAAAAAGGAGGAAGAAGCGGCUAAGUGCAAGAAGUUGGCUGAUGAAGCUAAGAAACAAGAAGAGGCCAAAGCUGUUGAACAGUGUCGUAAGGCAGCCGAAGAGAAGAAGCAGCAGGAAGAAUGUAAAAAGUUGGCUGCUGAAGAAAAAAGAAAAAUGAUCCGUCAAAAAUGUAAAGAAAUAAUUGAGCAACAGAAAAAGAAAAAGAAGGAAGAGGCGGCAAAGUGCAGAAAGGCGGCAGAAGCAGAAAAAAGAAAAGCCGAAACUGCUAAAUGCAAGAAAAUGGCUGAGGAAAAGAAGCAAAAGGAGUGCGCUGAGAAAUUCAAGAGGGCAGUUGGCAAAAAUGGCAAGGGCAAAAAUGGCAAGGGCAAAAAUGGCAAGGGCAAAAAUGGCAAGGGCAAGAAUGGCAAGGGCAAAAACAAAAGCAAAAAUGGCAAAAACAAAGGCGGCAAGUGCAAAUGAGUAUUUUGAAUUAUUUUAAAAGAUAGUCAUUUCUUUAUAAUUGAUAUAUGUGACAAAUUGGCGUCAAAUUUCUAAAUUUAUAGUAAACUUAGUGCAUGAUGUUGCUGCAGACCAGUAAUGCCAGAAAUGCGACUGUAUAUAGAUAUAAGUAACUGUUGUUAUAAAAGUAUACAAUAAAUCAGAUAUUUGUCUAA